AUGGCACCCGCAGCAACCGGAGCCAAGAAGCAAAAGAAGAAGUGGUCCAAGGGCAAGGUCAAGGACAAGGCCCAGCACGCCGUCAUCCUCGACAAGGCCACUUCGGACCGUCUCCAGAAGGAGGUUCAGUCCUACCGCCUCGUCACCGUCGCCACCCUUGUCGACAGACUGAAGAUCAACGGCUCUCUUGCCCGCCGUUCGCUCGCCGAGCUUGAGGAGCAGGGCCAGAUCAAGAAGGUCGUCAGCCACUCCAAGUGCCUCGUCUACACCCGCGCUGUUGGUGGCACCGACUAA